AUUGGGAGGAGGCACUCACGUCAUCAUGGCAACCCGGGUAGAUCAGCUGUGAGUCCGGGAGAAACGAGUAGCGCUCGUGGAAACGGCUGGCAGUUAGACGCGCUUGGACCACCGACAACUCAGCUGAAACGACGGUACCCACCUUUAAAUCUUCAUCAUAAAGCUCAUAAAAAGUACUCAUCCAUCACUGAAACACAGCCUCUUUUUUUUACACCCGUGCAUUAAUUGUUUGCAAAUGAAGUGGAUAUGAUUUUUAAAAGAAAUAAAUACAAGAGAUAAAUAAGGUAAGAGAGUGGAGCAUCACCGUGCGUCCUCGACAACUUCUCUGCACGCAUUAGGAUGGAAUUCACUGGUUUACUGUCAGGACAUCACAACUGAACACAACGAGGACUUCACGUUUUCUCCUGCAACGGGUGGUGGAUCCAGCCAGUAGUGAGCACUGAGCAGGAGGCAGGAAUACACACUGGAUGUGGUGCCAGUCAAAUGAAAGACAGAUAGAAUCUCAGAGCAUGGGCUGGAAAGGUAUCUACUGGCUUUUAAUGUUGUUUGUGUUGUGGAUAACUACUGUGGGUGGAGGGGAGCCCAAAGCUGAACCAACCACAGACUUUUCUCUCGCUCCUGCUAUGGGGGUGAUGGAGGAGGAGCAUCAGAUUAUGACUGAAUCUCAAUAUAAAUGUCUGGAGCUGUUGAGCAGAGAUGGGAUACGCAAUAAAACAGCUUUCCAUUGUAGGCGAUUUUGGGAUGGCUGGCUGUGCUGGGAUGAAAUUCCAGCUGGGACUUAUGCUUCUCAGAGCUGUCCAGACUACCCUCCCUUUGACACCUCAGAAAAAAUAACCAAAUAUUGCGAUGAAUCUGGUAAUUGGGCUCAUGGCACAUCAAUAAAUAAUACCUGGUCUCAGUGUCUCAGCAUCUCAAAGGACAAAUUAAAGAAAGGGUCUGUUUAUGGUGAAAUAGAGCCAGAUACCACAGCAGAAACCCUGGUUAGUCUUGUGGAAACUGAGAAAACAGAGGAGAGGAAGAAAAUCAUUGAUGGUCAAUAUAAAUGCUUUGAGAAAAUGAACAGAGACCCACCAUUUAACAAGUCAGGUCUGUACUGUAACCGGACGUGGGAUGGGUGGCUUUGUUGGGAUGAUACACCUGCAGGAACAUACACAUCUCAAAACUGCCCCAACUACUUCCCUGACUUUGACCCCACAGAAAAGGCCAUAAAAUAUUGUGAUGAGUCUGGAAACUGGUUUCUACAUCCUGAGACAAACAGAACAUGGUCCAACUAUACCCUCUGUGUUGCCUAUACUAAGGACAAGUUAAAGAAUGCAUACAUUCUGUACUACAUGGCAAUCGUGGGUCAUGCUUUGUCCAUUGCGUCCCUCCUCAUCUCUCUGGCAAUAUUCUUUUACUUCAGGAGUCUAAGCUGUCAAAGGAUCACCUUGCACAAGAAUUUGUUCUGCUCUUAUGUGCUCAAUUCCGCCUUCACUAUUAUCAACCUCACAUGUGUGGUCAACAACCCUAAAGUUGUGGAGAGGAACCCGGUUGGUUGUAAGGUACUACAAUUCUUCCACAUGUACAUACUGGGCUGUAACUAUUUCUGGAUGCUGUGUGAGGGCAUUUAUCUGCACACUCUUAUCGUGGUCGCAGUUUUCGCCGAGGAACAGCACCUUCACUGGUAUUAUCUCUUAGGAUGGGGUUUUCCCCUGGUGCCUGCCUCCAUCCAUGCAGUGGCAAGAAAAAAGUAUUUUGACGACAAUUGCUGGAUGAGCGUGGAGACCCAUCUGCUGUAUGUGGUUCACGGACCCAUUGUGGCAGCUUUAUUAGUGAACUUGUUCUUUUUGCUAAACAUUGUGAGGGUUUUGGUGCUGAAGCUCAAGGACACUCAUCGUGCAGAGUCCAACAUGUACAUGAAAGCAGUACGAGCCACCCUCAUUCUCGUGCCCUUGUUAGGAAUCCAAUUUGUCAUAUUCCCAUGGAGGCCAGAAAACCGUUUGGCUGGAGAAGUUUAUGACUAUAUCAUGCACAUAUUACUGCAUUAUCAGGGCUUGUUGGUGGCAACAAUAUUCUGCUUCUUCAAUGGAGAGGUUCAGGCUACCCUGAAGAGGCAGUGGAUGCAGUACAAAGUGCAGUGGGGUCAGCGACGCCGCGAGCACUGGUCCAUGCGUUCCACCUCAUACACCACCACGUCCAUCACAGAGGUGCCUGCUUUCAUGUUCCACUACGACAACAACAGUGAGCACUUGAAUGGCAGACACGUCGAUGACUCCGCGUGAACAUGUGGCUCUCAAGGUCAAACGCACCUACACCUGAGGCACAAACCAUCAGAGAAAAAUAUGUGACAAUUUUUUCAAAGAAUGCCAUAAGAAAGAAGGAAACCAAGGAAACUGGAGACUCUGUUACUAAGAGAUCACAUGUACAGUCCUUGCAGAUUCUCUCAUCUCAGGGCGACAACAUGGCACCCAGUACAGUACAAGUGUGUUUGGCAGCAAUGUCUUGCUGAGGCGUGUCUCGGAGUGUACACUACCGUUCAAAAGUUUGGAAUCAUCUGUUAUAUAUUCAACAUAUGUUAUUUUAUUUACUAAAAACAUAUACCAUAUAUUAUACACACAGAAAUAUUUUUAUAUAAUAUUUAAAAUAUUUUGUGAAUUGAUAAAUCAUAUGCAGAAAGUAUUUAUGUUCAUACAACAACAUAUUGUUCUCAAAACUGGCUGGUUAAAUGGUGUUGAUUAAUAUUCUAACAGUAGUGCCAACUAUCGCUCAAAUCACAAGAUUACAUUAAUGCAUUAAUACAUUAAUCGUAUCUACAGUAACAGCUAAUUCACAGGCACUUGGGUGGCACUCCACAUCAGUCACUUAACAACUUUUUGAUAUGGCCGACUUCCUGUAAGAUUUGUUUAACAUUUAUAGAAGGAGUCUCCAGUGUCAGCACAGUGUCUAACAGUCAGUAAGUUUCCUAUCUUCAGGACAGAGAACAUUCUCUUCAUAGCUGUUUUUUUGUCUUAUUACAUCAAAGAAAGCGAGAGAAAGAGAGGCUGGUCAGGGAAUGAGUGUUUAUAGCUGCUAUAAAGUAAGUUAUAACAGGAGCUAACCUGUUUCACAUUCCAUAACUGAAAAAUAACCUUAAACAGGCAAAGAAAAAAUGUAUUCUUUAAUAAACGAACAGAAUAUUAAAACUCAUUGGGACAUGCUGUUUCUGGAAAAUGAUCAGGGUGGAAACAGUACCUCCACCUUCACCCCCAGUACCCCAUUAUUGAUUAUUUUCCUUUAACAGCAUGCCCUUAAUCUUAACAUAAUCAUUUCUCAUGAGUAUUGAUCACUAAUUCCCAUGAGAUUAAGAUAUUCCAAACUCUUAACUCUAUAUCAUUCUUGGUAUUCUAUUAUCUAAAUAUAUAAAUAUAUAUAUUCUGCAGAUUCUCAAUGACAGGUUUCUCAUUUAGGAGCAAAACAUAUCUACGUUGUCAUUUUCAGUUUUCUACAAAUAAAUAGAAUUUUAUGAUGCUGUAAGAGAGAUAGCAUGAUAUUAAAAUGAUUUUUUUUUAUUACCAGAAGUAUUAAUUCCAAAUUUUUGAAUAGUACUGUACAGUAUAUAUAUAUAUAUAUAUAUAUAUAUAUAUAUAUAUAUAUAUAUAUACAUUCUGCUGCUUAAAGAGGCAAAACACUGAGGUGGCAUUCCUGAAGAAUGUGACAGAUUUUAGCUGCUAGUCCCUCCUAGAACUGUAUGGACCUACAGUCACAACCACAAAUGUUGCUUCACCGAAACCAAAGGGUGUGUCGGGUUGCUGGAUGUCAAAAGGCCGCUAAGUUUUGGGAACUGAAUGACUAAGACGAUCCUCCAGAGGAUAUGGGCCACUUAGUGAAUGUCUUAAAAAAAAUGUGGGAAAUGUUCCUCUGUGCCUACGUUCUUGGAUUCCUGUAAAUAAACUCAUCAGGUUGAAUUCUAAAGUGUCAAAGUAAGUGACGAGGAGCUCUAUUUUUCUGAUGGAGUUUUUCUUUUUUUUUUUGCAGCUCAGAAUCACAUUAUGUCUGUGUUGUGAGACUUCUGACUUUACCUGUUUGUAGCAGCUGUACUUUUUGCUGUCUGUGUCACAAGAAAGAAAACAAAAAAGAACAUUACUUUUAGCAGUGUUUUUAAGCUGAUUUAUAAGCACAGGGUGCAAAUGCAUUCUUAAACCACAGAAAUUGAAAGUCUAAAUGAAUAUGUGUUCAAAAGCUCAUUGACUUUUAUACUGAAGGAUGCACUCUGUUUGAUCAAGGCCAAUAUUGUCCAAAACGCUUCUCCGUCUGCAUUGAAAGUAAUGCUUAGUUUAUCAGGAAGGUAUGUCAUUUGUAUGGCUUUCAAAGAUACACGUAGGACUCCAGCAUUUAUCCUGGGUGCUGUGGGGUAAUUACUCUGUCCAGCUAUAUAUCAUGACAUAUUGACUAUACUAUGUUUAACAUGCUUUUCAGUUCAGUGUUGUUAAUUUCAUCUGACCUGUAAGUGUACUUCUUUUUUUUAUUUAAGAGUGAAGUAUAGCCUUGUAUAUGUGCGUUGUGUUAUGGUGUUUGCAGAGUUCGAAACACUCUUGACGGGUCAAAUUUCUUUGUGAAUUCUGUCAGUAUACUGGACCUGAUAUUUACCAUGUAAAUGUUUUUAGCUAAAUGUGGUAUUGAUUUAUCAUGGUGUACAUACUGCCAGCAAAUCAUCAUGCUUGUUUAAAGUACAUAGCAUAUUAUAAAGCUGAGAUUUUCUUCGAAAUUCAUCUAAUGCUUCAUCUAUUGCUUUUGAUUUCUGUUGACUAAAUGGGCCGGCUGUAUGACUAUCAGACUUUCAGACUAACGGAUGGUGGACUUACUAUUGUUAUUUUAAAGCAGUUUUAUUAAUCUCUUAAUGUUUUUUAUUACUAUAAUUCAAGGUUGGUUAUACUUUAUUAUAAUUUGAAUAGCUCCAGAUCAUCAAUAAUUGAUGCAGUUAUUAAUUCAUUUAAUAACUAUAUAAUAAAAUGAACACAAUUAGAGAAACAGUAUUUUAUUACGUUUAACAUAAUACUAUACACUCGGAUUCUUGAGGAUGCUGCUGUUUAGAUGCCUCAUGAUUAUGAACAACUGAAAUUUUUACCUGAAAAAAUCAGGCCUGGGAUCAUUUUUUGGUGUCUCUACAAUCAAUUCAUUCCAAAACAGUGCAGAAGUAAUCGACAGUUUUAAAGCAUUCCUGUCUGAAGCUUUAAUGCAUGGUGCCAGUAUGUUUUCUCAAAUCUCUUAAUAUAUAUAUAAUCCACUUGUUGAUGCCAGCAUGUUACACGUCUGUACAAGUGAACAUUUCGAGCUUGCAGAAAAUAUCACCUGUCAAGUCACUUUGCUCAUUUAGGUCUCAGAUUUCAAAUGCAAAUGAAAGAUUUUUUAUUUAUGUACUGCUGAUGCAUCUUCAGUAUGGACAGAAGCAUACAGAAUUAGUUGACAGUAUUAAUUCUGAUAUUUAGUAUAAAAAAAUAAAUACUUUUUCAACUGCACCGUAUCAUGAAGACGAAAAAUCUAUGUUAAAUUUGAAUGUUUAAUGCAUAGUAAUGAUGCUGAUUGUCCUAUAUACAGAGUAUAGAGAAGUCUUAGGCACCCAAGUCUUUGGUUCAUGUUCUCUGGUUUGUCAGUAAAGAGCAAAGUAAUGCUUAUUUUCCAAAAAAUAUUUUUUGUAUAAUCUCUAUAGAGAGUUUAAUAUAUUAAAUAUACUGUUUUUCAGAGAGAGAAGUAAGUGACCUAACUGCUGAUUUGUCGAAAUAAAUAUUUCAGAGCUGUUAUUAACAUAUUAACAGAAUUUCUGUCCGUGUGCCUAAGACUCAUAGAGUCAACUCUUAGAGUUGUGUAAUAUUUAGAUCUCUUACCACAACACUUUGUUGUAACCUAAAAUCUAACAUUUCGAUUAAUUGUGUCCAGCUACUGAUCUGUUCCAUGGAUGUCAAACUACAGACAGCAGAGAGAGAGAGAGAUUUCUGCUAGGGAUGUCACUAAGCAUCUCCAUGCACAGGUGCUGAAUUCCAUCUGUUUACAACUAAUCUGAGUUAAAACGAAGUUUCAUUUAAGCUUGAAAUAACUUUCUAAAUGAGGUUGCUUGCGGGUAAUUAGGCCUUUGUUUCAAAGAUAAAAUACAAGCAAUGUUUCGAGUCUUUUACCAUAGACCUACUGCAUCAAAUGAGUUAACACAUGCUCUUAAAACCCUUUGAAGGAAAGUCUGCAGAGAAUACUGAGGAUUUCUUUAUGCUAGUGUGUCUGAGUGGCUAUGGUGCUAUUUGUUACAGCAUAAAAAAAGAAUAGUUGUAGAUUUACAUACAUCUCACAGCAAAUGUUGUAUGUUUUCUGAAAAACUGAACAGAAGUAUGUAUAAAUAAAUGUGUGCAGAUGUAUAUGUUAAUUUAUUAAGGGAGUGUAAAGGUCUGGAUACAUGGAAAAAGUAUCAUCAGAUGCUUGUCUCAUGUAUACAAUAUAAUAUAUAAGCAACACAGCCAGCAUCAUAAACUGCAUGCACAAGUUUACACAAACACAAAUAUGUCUCAGAUUUAUUCCUACGGUUUAUCUAUUCACAUACACCACUAGAGACACCAGCAAAAAUUUUCCAUUAAAAAAAAUUCCCAACAGUGGUUCUUUAAUGAGUGUGAUUUAUUUUUGUUGCACAGUUAUAUAUAGUUUUCUAUAACAACCACACAUUAUCCUGUGCAAAUAAUAACGGACUCACUAUUGUAUCCAGGCCUUAAGAAUCCACCAAAAUUAUUGUUUCUUUUUGCAUUGAAUUUUUCACACCGCACCUCUGUAAGGUAAUGAAAAGAUUUUAAAAACAAAAGGCUAUAAAACAAACUACCAUGACAAUCAAUUUACCCCAUGAAAUUAUGAAAUAAUGAGCAAGUCUUAUGUUUUCUAGUUUGUUUGUUUUUUUCACAUGAUAUUCUCGAUCCAGCCUGAUUCAAUAACUUUGCAGGUUUGUCCGUUGACAUAAACAUUGUGUUUGUGACAGCUGGUGCACUGUGAACAUGUUUCCUCUUCAUGCAUUAACACUUUCAUUUGCUGUUAUUUAAAUAAAUGUCUACUGUUUCUUUGUUUUUUUUUGCCAGUGAUUUGUAAAGCUAUUCUUAUAAAUAGACUCAUGAAAAUGCUGGGCUGUUGUGUGUUCCUUUAAAAUGAUAUAAAACUAUCUGACCAGCACAAUUAUUUUAUUAUAAUGUCCUAAAGCUUGUAUGCACCUGUAUUUACUUGAGUAAUCUUCGAUAUAGUUUCAAGUGAGGAUCGACAAAAAUAAGCAAGUAAAUAAACAAUUAAAGAAAGAAACACAUAAAUAAAUAAAAUAUGUUUCUUACA